AUGGAGGAGAACGGAGAGCAUAUUGGCAUAAGAAGAAAAGGAAGAAAGGCGAGAACGAAUAUGACGGAUGCUUUGCUUCUUUUUUCGGGAUGGGCAACGGAAGAAAAAAAACGAGUUGACGAGAUUGGAAUGGAUUUGGUAAUCAGAGAGUCUCUGGGACAUGUUUACAGUUUUUUGGAUGAUUAUGGUGUCUGGAUGGCAUACACUUCAUACUUUGAAGCACUGGAAGAAUGUCAGCUAAGUUCCUUGGAGUAUCGCAGGCUCUAUAAUGAUUUGGUCUACACGUAUAAAAUUAUUGUUUCCAAAGAAAUUAUCAUGGAGGUUCCAAUUUUCGAAAUAUUUAAUCAUUCUGGAUCAUUGCGACGUCACAAAUACUAUUUCAAAUCACUUAUCAAAAACUCAACAAAAAUAUCUUCUCAAUUUCUCUCUAAUAGAGUAAUCAGAUGUUGGAACUCUUUACCCGCCGAAGUGUUUCCGGUGAAGCCCUUGUCAGCGGCUUUCAAAAAUCGACUAUUAUCCUGUGAUCUAAAACAUUUUCUUGUCUUGAAUUCAACUAAUUACUAA